ACAUACAAAGUGAAAAACCCCGGUUCUUCUCCACUAUUGCUAAAAUGGAUGCCGUCUACAAAGGGGGGAAUACCACCUUCUCGUCCAGGAGCUCCGUCUCGAUGACCGCCUUUUUCAGAGGUACUUCAGGAUGAGCAAGGAGGUGUUCGACGAGUUGCUCGGAAAGGUGGGCCCACUGAUUACAAAGGUGGACACCCAUCUGCGUAUGUCAAUCGGCCCCGCCGAGCGACUCGCCAUCUGCCUACGGUACCUGGCAACUGGUGACUCGUACGCGACGAUAGCCUUCAGCUAUCGGGUCGGGCGUUCUACAGUGGCAGUCAUUGUCAAGGAGGUUGCGGGGGCCAUCUGGACCGCCCUGGUCGAGGAGUGCAUGCCGGUACCACAGGUGGAGGAUUGGAGAGCCAUCGCUGCUGGGUUCCAGGAGCGCUGGGAGUUUCCCAACUGUGUUGGUGCCAUAGAUGGGAAGCACGUCGUUAUCCAGGCUCCAGCGAAUGCAGGUUCCCUCUACUUUAAUUAUAAGUCCACCCACUCCUUGGUACUGCUGGCUGUGGUGGAUGCUGAGUACCUGUUCAGGGUAGUGGAUGUUGGAGGCUUUGGGAGGAGCAGCGACAGUGGGAGCCUGCGGAAUUCUGCAUUUGGAGAGAGCCUCCGAGACGGCAGUCUGCAGCUACCACCUGACACCGUCAUCGCAGGAUCAGAGCGGCGGGGCCCUCUCCCCCAUGUCUUCGUUGGAGAUGAGGCAUUUCCGCUGCUGGACAACCUUCUGCGUCCAUUCCCUGGACGUCACCUCACCCGUGAAAGGAGGUUAUUUAACUACCGCCUCAGCCGUGCCAGGUUGGUGGUUGAAUGUGCGUUUGGCAUCCUCUCAACCCAGUGGAGAAUGCUCAGGCGUGUCAUCACCACCAGCCCCGAGGUGACGGAGUUGUGUGUGAAGGCUGCCUGUGUGUUGCAUAACUUCCUCCGCAGGAAGACCAUUGAUAUGCCAUCACGCACACCUAUCGCAAGGUCCACGGAUGAAGUUACUCCAACCCUGUGUGAUGCACCGAGGAUGGGCUCCAACAAUGCCACACGGCAAUCCAUCCAACAGCCGGAGACCUUCUGCUCCUACUUCAACGAGGAGGGGGCAGUGCGAUGGCAGGCAAAUGUGGUGUAGGCCCAUAUUUGUCUCCAAACCAAAAAGCUCUUUUAAGAGCUACCCAUUUUCUUUAAAAAGCAAAUAUUCCAAAUGAGCCAUUUUAAAAUCAACCAUUCCUAAUAAACAUGUUUCUUGAAUUGA